AUGAUCUCCCUCCACCCCGUCUCCGUCGACGACUUCCCCACCCUCGCCCGCAUCCACGACGAGGCCUUCGCCAACGAUGCCCUCAUGCAUCUGAUGUACGGGUUACCGGAGCGGAACCCCAAUCUCGAACAAGAUCUGCGAGACUGGUUUCUCGGCAGCACAACUGCACGGUUCGUCAAGGCCGUCGACGACUCCACGGGUAACGUUCUGGGUUGGGCAUGCUGGAGUCUGUACCUCGACGGCGACACGCAUGCCGCCGACGAAGCCGCGGCGGCGGAGCGACACAAAACGGCCCCCGACGUCGCGAUUAGUCCGGCGCUCUUCUUUGAUUUCCAUCGCGCGGUUGCCGCGAGACGACGGAAGUGGGUUACGGGGAAGCCGGCUAGCAUCCUCCAGAUUCUCGUCGUUGACCCCAAGUUCCAGGGUUGCGGUGCCGGCUCGGCCCUGGUUCGGGCUGGGCUGGAAGAGGCCGAUCGCCAUCAUGUGCCGGCGUGGUUGGAGGCAUCGUCAGCUGGGCUGGCGUUGUACCAGAAGUGCGGGUUCCGCGAUGUUGGCGAGCCGAUUGACUUUGAUUUGAGCGAGUAUGGGGGGCAGGGUGGUGACCGGGUGGUGUGUAUGUUGUCCGCGAAGCCCGUGUAG